AUGGAAAACUACUACCACACGAAUUACUCUAAAUGCCAGCAACCAACUUCAUAUUUUUCAACUUCUAAUUACGUUCACACUGGUGUCCAUACAGUCACUAUAUUUGCAGUACCCUUGUGGAUUUAUGGAUUCUAUUGUAUCAUUAAAAUUACCCCGAAACAGUUGGGUUCUGGAAAAUGGGAUUUAUUAAUUGUCCAUAUUUGGACAGUUUGCCUAGAUAUCACUUUCAUUUUGUUGGGACUUCCGUACAUGUUUUUCCCAUCUUUAUCAAUCCUUUUUAUUGGUUCUGGAAAAUUAAUUGGAAUACCUUCAUGGAUUCUUUCCUACUCUAUUCAAUCAUUAGUGUCAGCCUACACAGCCUCAUUUGUUGCAUUUUUUGAGAAUCGCCAAAAUGUUUUACAAACAAAAUGGAGGAUUAAAAAGCGAUGGGCUCGGGUUUUUAUUAAGCUGAUCAAUUAUGGAAUUGCUUGGCUUACAGUACUCCCUCCGUAUCUGGAAAAGUUGGACUCUGAGAGACUGGCUAUGGAUUUUUUAAAGAAUGUCCCAUGUCCUGACAAGGAAUACUUCAAUAUUUCUCUAUUUUUUAUCUGUGACAACCCUCUCAUGCUAACCUCAUUGAUGGGAUUUCAAUUCCUAACCCUCACAAGUCAAGGAGUAUUUUAUGUUUCUCACACCUGGUAUCACCUUGUCUUCCUCCACGGUUCACGGGUGUCUGCGGAGACUCGUAAAAUGCAACUCCGUUUCUUCUGGGGAACUCUUCUACAAGUUCUGAUUCCUAUGCUGGUAUUCAUGGGGCCAAUCAGUUAUAUCUGGUAUUCAGCUAACACGGGAUAUUAUAACCAAGCAAUCAAUAACCAUAUCUCAUUCACGGUUUCAUUUCACGGAAUCUUGGGAAUCAGUUGCAUGGUUUUGGUGCAGAAAAGUUUUCGAACUCACUUUUUGAAAAUGAUCACAUUUGGAAAAGUUAAUUUAGCCAAAGCAAGGAAUGUAUCAGCUGCAAAGCCGCCUAAAUCAAUUGUAGCGAUUCAAAGUUGA